UUUUCGCAUUAACCGGGAAAAUUGCGUGGUGCAGCUGUGUGGACGACAGGACUCCACCGGAGGUGAAGCAGCGGAUGAUGACCGACAGAGAACCGACCACGGACCAUCUAGCAGAUGCAAUGGCAAAUCCAUCUCCAGCCAAGAGCAUGGGUGACCCAGGAAUAACCCCACUGUCCCCGUCACACAUUCAGCAAAAUGACACAGACCAAGUGCCGUCCGGACCGUCCUUCAGUGUCGUGGUCGCCAUUGACUUUGGCACAACAUCCAGCGGCUAUGCGUACGCCUUCGCUAAGGAGCCGGAAUGCAUUCACACCAUGAGGCGCUGGGAGGGUGGAGACCCCGGUGUGUCCAAUCAGAAAACUCCCACCACCAUCCUGCUGACCCCGGACAGGAAGUUCCACAGCUUUGGCUAUGCAGCACGUGACUUCUACCAUGAUCUGGACCCCACCGAGUCCAAGCACUGGCUCUACCUGGAGAAAUUCAAAAUGAAGCUCCACACCACUGCAAAUCUCUCCAUUGACACGGACCUCCAGGCAGCCAAUGGGAAGAGAGUGAAAGCCUUGGAUAUCUUUGCAUAUGCACUUGCCUUCUUUAAGGAGCAGGCGCUCAAGGAGCUGAGCGACCAGACGGGCAGCGAGUUUGACAACAACGACGUGAGAUGGGUCAUCACCGUGCCAGCCAUCUGGAAAAUGCCAGCCAAGCAGUUCAUGAGGGAGGCUGCCUACAAAGCCGGUCUGGUCUUCCGUGACAACCCAGAACAGCUGAUCAUCGCCCUGGAGCCUGAGGCAGCCUCGAUCUACUGCCGCAAGCUGCGUCUGCAUCAGAUGGUGGACUUGGGCUCCCGGACCACUCAGAACGGCUUCAGCCCCACUGACAACGUUGGGGCCGGGAUGACCCAGGCCAAGGAGCACGUUCGACGCAACCGGCAGAGUCGCACCUUUUUGGUGGAAAAUGUCAUAGGGGAGCUUUGGUCGGAGCUGGAAGAAGGUGAUCGUUACGUUGUGGUCGACUGUGGAGGAGGAACGGUUGAUCUCACUGUCCAUCAGAUCCGUCUUCCAGAGGGACAUCUGAAGGAGCUCUACAAGGCCUCUGGCGGUCCUUACGGCUCUAUUGGGAUUGACUAUGAGUUUGAGAAGCUCUUGUGUAAGAUCUUUGGCCAGGACUUCAUCGACCAGUUUAAGGUAAAGAGGCCAGCCGCCUGGGUGGACCUGAUGAUCGCAUUUGAGUCGCGCAAGCGGGCAGCAGCCCCUGACAGAACCAACCCCCUCAAUAUCAACCUGCCGUUCUCCUUCAUCGACUACUACAAGAAGUUCAGGGGCCACAGUGUUGAGCACGCCCUGCGCAAAAGCAAUGUGGAUUUUGUCAAAUGGUCCUCCCAGGGGAUGCUGAGGAUGAAUCCAGAUGCUAUGAAUGCCCUCUUCAAGCCCACCAUUGACCAUAUCAUCCAGCACCUCACUGAGCUGUUUGAGAAGCCCGAGGUUUGUGACAUUAGAUUCCUGUUCCUGGUGGGUGGCUUUGCCGAGUCCCCACUGCUGCAGCAGGCAGUCCAGAACAUGCUGCAGGGGCGAAGCCGCAUCAUCAUCCCCCACGACGUUGGCCUCACCAUCCUCAAAGGGGCUGUGCUGUUCGGUCUGGACCCAGGGGUCAUCAAAGUCCGCCGCUCACCCGUCACCUAUGGCGUGGGCGUUCUCAACCGCUUCGUGGAGGGCAAGCACCCACCGGAGAAGCUGCUGGUCAAGGACGGCACGCGCUGGUGCACAGACGUCUUCGACACCUUCAUCGCGGCAGACCAAUCCGUGGCCCUGGGGGAACUGGUGAAGAGGAGCUACACGCCAGCCAAGCCGUCUCAGCAGGUGAUCGUCAUCCACGUCUACUGCUCUGAGAGGGAGAGUGUGGGGUUCAUCAGCGAGCCGGGCGUCAGGAAGUGCGGCACGCUACGUUUGGAUGUGAGUGGCACCGAGAGCACAGCGGCACGCCGUGAGAUCCAGACGCUGAUGCAGUUCGGCGACACGGAGAUCCGGGCCAUGGCCGUGGAUGUAGCUACUGCGCGCACCGUCAAGGCUAGCAUUGACUUCCUCAGUCAUUAGGUAAAGAACAAGAGAGCGGAUGUUAGGGAAUGGUGGGGAAGAAAUGGAAGCUGUUGCAGCUUACACAGUAGACACACAUGCACAUGCACACACACACACAUACACAUACACAUGCA